AAUGGCUACUGUAGAGAAAUUAUCCAUUGAAAAGGCGAAUCCCGCUAAGUCCUUUAUCACUGGUGGCUUCGGCGGAAUUUGUAAUGUUUUGUCGGGCCACCCUUUGGACACAAUUAAGGUACGUUUACAGACUAUGCCACGACCGGCUGCUGGAGAGCAACCCAUGUACAAAGGUACCUUCGACUGUGCUGCAAAGACUAUUAAGAAUGAAGGCGUGCGUGGCUUAUACAAAGGCAUGUCCGCACCUUUAACUGGUGUGGCACCAAUUUUUGCAAUGUGCUUUGCUGGGUAUGCACUUGGUAAACGACUACAGCAACGAGGCGAGGAUGCGAAACUCACUUAUCCUCAAAUUUUUGUUGCGGGCUCAUUCUCUGGACUAUUUUCUACUCUUAUCAUGGCUCCAGGAGAGCGUAUAAAAGUACUUUUGCAAACUCAACAGGGACAAGGAGGUCAGCGCAAAUAUAACGGAAUGAUCGACUGCGCCGUAAAGUUAUAUAAGGAAGGAGGCCUUCGCAGCGUUUUUAAGGGAAGCUGCGCAACCAUGCUUAGGGAUUUACCUGCAAAUGGUUUUAUUUUCUGGUAUAUGAAUAUAUUCAAGAUGUGGCCCAAAGCUAAAUCUGAAACUGGCCAAAUUAAUACAGCAUCAACAAUAUUUGCUGGUGGAGCUGCUGGAAUGGCAUAUUGGGUUUUAGGAAUGCCAGCCGAUGUAUUAAAAAGUCGACUCCAAUCUGCCCCAGAAGGAACUUACAGAAUGGGAGUUCGUAGCGUUUUCAAAUUAAUUGUAAAGGAUGGACCAAUGGCUUUAUAUCGCGGUGUGACACCCAUAAUGAUUCGCGCAUUUCCAGCAAAUGCGGCCUGUUUUUUUGGCAUUGAGAUAGCUAACAAUUUCUUUGAAUAGUGGCUCCAAAAUUUUAAAAAAUUUUUUUUUUUUUUUGUUUUUUAAGUGUAAAAGGUGUCUUCGAUUUUAAAUAUAUUGUAAAUAUUCUCCUUUAUAGAA